AUGUCUGCUGAAGAACUAUCCAAAGUCGUAGGACACCAACUUCCAGAUCGUCCAGUUGCAUGGAAUAAACGAGACCUCUUAACCUACGCAGCCGGCGUUGGGGCGAAACACGAUGAUUUGCACUUUGUUUACGAACUUCACCCCAACUUCUCCGCGAUCCCAACAUACCCUGUCGUCCUUGCUCUAAAGGGAGCGGACCAGGAUGUCAACUUGUUUUCUGAACGUGUCGGAGGUGGAGGCAAGCUACCUGGUGUACCCAAACUGGAUCCUAACAGGGUGCACGGUACCCAGUCUAUUGAAAUUCUCAAACCGCUUCCUUUGGUUAGUGGCCCCGGUUGGGUCUGGAAGAUGAGAUAUACAUCUGUUGUUGAGAACAAAAGUGGUUUGAUCCUCACUGCCGAAAACCUGUUGGUAGACCCUCAGGGGGUCCCAUAUGCGAAACUCUACAGCUCGUCAUUUAAUGUCGGCGCAAAGGUGACAGGCCAAAGAUUCUCAAAAGCUAUCGCAGGACCUCCGCAGGCAAAAGAGAUACCCAAACGUCAGCCCGACUGGACAGUCAAAGACAACACCACUCCUGAACAAGCAAUCGUCUUCCGUCUCAGUGGUGAUUAUAACCCGCUUCACAUCGAUCCCAGGAUCGGCCAAGCCGCCGGUUUCGGAGGAGUCAUCCUUCAUGGUUUGUCGACCUUUGGGUUCGCUGCCCGUGCACUCCUCAAAGCUGUGGCUGGGAACGACCCUAAUGCUUUGAAGUUUUACGGUGUGCGAUUCACGUCUCCUGUAAAACCAGGUGACGCACUCGAAACUCAAAUAUGGGAGGUCGGUCCUGGACCUGAGGGUACCAUCGAGGUCACUUUUGUCACCAAGAAUCUGACGAGUGGAAAGGUCAGCUUAGGCGGAGGCAUCGCAUACAUCAAGAAGUCCGAGAAGAGCAAGCUGUAGUGAAUGUUUCUCGUUCGCGAAAACUUCUCGAAAGUUGCAUAUGACGGACUCUAUAUAUAUAUAUAUUACUUGUGAAUUCUUCAACUCUCGUCAAUCAAGGAACAAUCGAAGGCUUUUCGUCGAGCCGCCUUCCGAGUGCUCUUGCCCUGUCCCACAUUUCGUCACCUUCAAAAUAG